AUACGUGAGGGGCCAGAUAAGGCCAUCGUCCGAGCAAGCUCAUCCGAACGGUGAUCUGCCGACCCGUCUUCCUGUUGAACACUCCGUGGAAACUCUCGUUUAUCCAAGACACGCUUGCGCUUCGGCCUCUCAGCGCGGUGUGUUCACGAGAUUUCAAUUUCCGGUCCGUAUCGUCUGCGCAGCCAGACACUAUCCAAUGUCUGGGUGCUCGCUGUACGGAAAGAAUAUCGCAGAACUGCAUGCGAUCUUUGUUAUAUUUAUUUUGUGUACUGGGCUGUAGUGUAUACACAUUCUGAUGGGUUUGUGAGUGUAGGUGUAGGAGAUACGUAUGUGAGAAAUUGUGACUUUAGGAGAACUCAUACGUACUAAUUUCAGUUUUCGUGUGCAUUUCACAGACUGCGUAUUUUGAAAAGGGUGGUGAUCAGCUUUGCUGAGUCAUGGAUUGGAGACCUAAUCAGCGGGUGCUGACGCAAGUCCCAGUCACCAAAGAUCCGAUUAUAGAAAGAGGACCAGUACUAUAUGGCGGCAGAGGGAAACCACAAUACCAGCGGCAGCCGCUGCCCGCGGUGCAACCACACCGACCGCUGCCCACGGUGCAGCCGCGCCACCCGCCACCUGUGGCACAGCCACCUGUCGUACAGCAGCCAGUGGUGCAGCAGAGCCACUACCAGUCGCCGCCUGUGGUGCAGCCGCCUAUCGUACAGCAGCCAGUGCUGCAGCAGAGCCACUACCAGGCCCCACCUGCGGUGAAGCCACCUGUCGUGCAGCAGAGUUACUACCAGUCCCUGACACACAGCACUGUGUCAUCCCAGGCUGUGCAGCAAGCAGCGGGCAUGUUUGCACAGACAGGAAUUGCAGAAGAAUUCGUGGAGUUGAACUCCUCAAAUUCCUUAAAGUUUGCUAACAUGCACGGUGAUAUUCUUACUGAUAUCGGUCGUAAUGCUAGCCAGUGGCACCAGAUCACUAUCAAAACUCCCGUUCCAGAAUAUGAGAGAAGAUUUGUCAUCGCAGCCAUCAACAAACGAAUAUCUCCACAGAAAAUUACGCCUUACUUUUUUCGCAUGGAAAAUCUACGCAUAACAUUCUUUGUGAAUAUGUGCGGGUUGGCACUGAGAACACUUUGCAGGAGAGAUCUUAAAGUGCCGUACGUCUCUGACAAAUUUGAUGAGAUUGAAAUGACAGUCAAACUGUUCAGCAAACAUUUCAACCUCUCAGAAGCUCUGAAAGAAAUUAUUUCAAGAAGACUGGACAGUCCAAAAAAGUUUUUGGAUCUCUCUUAUAUAAACAGCAUUCCUGAGAUCCAGGAAAUGCUGUUUGACCCGACUGAUAAUUGGCACAUCCUGGACCAGAUGCUGAGGGUCGCAGAGGUCUCGGCGCCUGGGCUCGUUGCCCUCAGACUCGCGGGUAAUGGGAUCACGACGCUGACCCUUCUUUGGGAUUUUCUGGUACACUCCAAGUGGAAGUCUCUACGAACUCUGGAUGUGUCAGACAAUGAGGUAAAGAGCACUGGUACUGUUUCAUUGUCUCGUACUUUACAGAUCUCAGAAGUCUACUUGGAUUGUAAUCCAAUAUGUCACAUGCUUAAGAGAGAUUCAUACAUAAGUGCCAUCAAGGCAACAUUUCCCCGUAUUGCAAAAUUGGAUGGGACUUACCUACACACCACAGCACAUCUGCCUUACUGGAAGCCGAAUUUCAUUGUGAAUGGUACUGGUGACCCAGGUGAAUUUGCUGACCAGUUCAUCGAGCACUUUUUCACCCUCUAUGAUGACCCUGAUCGAAUGAAACUCCGUGGAUUGUACCAUGAGAAGGCUUACUUCUCACUUUGCAGUUUAUAUUUGGAUGCACAAUUUACAACUCCCAAUGCAAGAUUGUCUGCUUACAUUGAUCAGACCCGAAACCUGUUACGUUGCUCUGAUCUGAAGAAGGCGAAUGCUGCACUAACACACGGCUCAGAGGAAAUCCUCGAAAGAUUAUCGAGCUUACCCACUACGCAGCACGAUCCCUACACCUUCGCUGUGGAUCUUUUGGUACAUACGCCGAAGAUGACCGUACUGACAGUAACAGGUGUCUUCCGGGACAUUGCUAAGCAGAAAAGUUCUCAUAGACAUUUCUCACGCACUUUUGUCCUCCAGAGACGAGAAAAUGAUGAAUAUCAAAUUACUAAUGAUAUCCUGUAUAUCUCAAAUGCAGCUACACGUGAGGCAGAAGAGGCAUUCAAGUAUGUAAGACCACCUAAAAAAAUAAAGAAAAAGCGACCAAUGCCUAAUUUGUCAGAGUGUGAGAAGGAGUCCAUGACCGGAAUGGUUCAGCAACUGACUAGUAUGUCAGCUCUAUGGUCACGAAAGUGCCUGGAGGAUACUGACUGGGAUAUGAAGGAAGCCCUCCAGAUUUUUCUGGAACUUCAUGAGAUGAGCAAAAUUCCAAAAUCUGCAUUUAUCACCUCAAAAUAGUAAUGAAGAAAACUUGUUCAGCUCUCAGAAGAGACUGCAUCUCAGUGCUGUGUAUGUUGUGUUAACUGUACCUUGAAACAAUUGCCUGUAAAUAAAUAUUGUUGUAAUUUUGA